AUGGAGGAUGCUCUGCAGCACAGCCCUCAGGCAAAACAGCUCGUUGUCGGGUUGGACUUUGGAACGACCUUCUCUGGUGUUGCCUGGCAGGAGCAUUAUCCGCAGACCAAGCACAUGAGCGAAGGCGAAACCCCCACUGUUCGUUCCUGGCCGAGCUCUCACGGCCCAGAUCAAGAUGAGAGCAAGGCACCGUCGAGACUCUUUUACGAUGAUCAAGGCAAAGUCACGGCGUGGGGCUACGAGACCACUGAUGCCGAUGGGAUUAAUAUGGAGUGGUUCAAGCUUGCCAUCGUGGCCGACAAAGACCUUCCCUCCUACCUCCGGAACUCCGCGAAGCUCAAAGAGACGAGAGAACACUUGCGCGGCCUGGGAAUCAGCGCAACUCAGGUCAUCGAGCAGUACAUUGGCAAAGUCUGGACUCAUUCGCAGGGCGAGAUCAGGAAUGGCAUCGGAGACCGAGACUCCAAAUCCAUGCCCAUCCACGUCGUCAUCACGAUUCCGGCCAUCUGGGGAAACCAGGCCAUUCAGAUGAUGAAGGAUGCCGCAGCUUCCAGCAUUCUUCAGUCGCGCUCUGCAGGGCUUACGACUUACGAGUUCAUCUCAGAGCCGGAGGCAGCUGUGCAAGCCUAUGCACAGAAGCUCCAACUGAAGCUCGAUGAGAACGACAUUGUCAUGGUUGCAGACAUGGGUGGUGGAACCGCCGAUAUCAUAUCCUACCAGAAGGUGGGCAAGGGCGAAAAGUCGUUUUUGGAGCUGAAAGAGGCUGCUCCAGGCGAAGGCGAUCUCUGCGGAGCCAUAUUUGUGGACGAGGCAUUCGAGAAGCUCCUUUUGAACAGACUUCCGGCCAAGCACAAGAAUCUCAAAACCAACGGACCCGGCGCUUGGAGAAGGAUUCUUUCCGAGCAGUGGCAGCACCACAUCAAGCGGAGCUUCAAAUGGGUGGGAACCGGCAAAGUGUGGCCUGUCAUCCUUUCCAACGCCAACCCCAAUGUUGACGUCGUGCUCCUGCAUGAGAACGAGAUCCGGGACGUCUUCGAGGGCUCGGUGAUGCCCAGAACCAUCGACCUCAUCAAACGGCAGGUCGAGCGAGUCAAGAAGGCACAUGAUGGCAAGGGCCCACGCAUCAUUCUACCUGUUGGCGGAUUCGGGCGCUGUCCUUACGUGCUUCAGAGAUUGCGAGAGGAGUUUGAGGGCAGCAGUGUUGCUUCCAAAAGCACCAAGAACGAUGGAAACAAAAAGCAGAAACUCGAUUCCGCUGGAAUCGAGAUUCAUAGCGAUACGGGCGAAAUGCCAUGGACGGCAGUUUGCCGGGGCGCGUGUCAGUUCGGCAUGCGUGCACAGCUGAACAAUCGUCUUGUGAAGAGCCGAUCGUCGAGGAUUAGUGUUGGUUUCAUUCAGAACGAACCAGGUUCCGCCGAGGAGGGCGGUAUCUGGAUGCCUGACUUCGAUUGCUACAUGAUCCCGAACUUCAUGAGAUGGGUGGUCAAGAAGGCAUGUCUCACGAUUCCCCUUUCGCCCGUGUCCAUUCUGCCGUGUUGUACUGACUCCUCUCCACGUAAGCAGGGUGAUUUGAUAAGCACCGACCAGAAAUCGACAAUGGCCAUGUACCUCGCCUUCGACCGAGGCGGAAAAGGAAACCACUCCGAACGAUCGAUCUUUUACGCACAUGAUGGCGAUUCGCCCCCUGAGCGGUUCGGAGGAAAGGAGACCUUCCGGGAAUACGGGGCCAUGACGAUCACGGCCCCAAAGCCGAUCGAGCAACUCCCCGUCGAGGACUCUGACAGCGGUGGACGACGGGUUUUUGAGUACAACCUGCAGAUUGAGAUUGUGGGUGGCUCGGUGCAAAUCACUGCUACCUCUGCCGAUCCUGGUGAUGGCGGCAAGGAAGUGGGAAAAUUGGUCUUGCCUAAGCUUGAGACGAUGUAG